AUGUUUUAGUUGUCUGAGUAUUGGUGAACAUAUAAUUCUGUCGAAUUUUUAUAAAAAAAGCGAGUGAUAUUGGUGAAGCAAAAUUUUAAACAUCAGCAGUUUGAAAAAAUUCUUCGUUGAGGAUAGAACGCUAUAUUUUAGGGAGUAAUUAAAACGAACGAGUCCUUAAUUAAACGAACUUUUUACGCUUAAAACACACACACACAAACAAAUCGAUCAAGAUGUUCAAGAACCAUUUGGAAAUGAUUGGUCGCAACGAGAGCCCCAGCAAGAAGGCUAAGUUCUGGCAAUCCUACAUCAGAUCCUUGAAAGGAUCUGAGGAUAUCCGUGCCCAUGAGACUCCUAGAGCUUCUCGCCCUUACAGCUCAUACUUAGAUUCUCCUGCCACAUACAGGAGCAUCUUUGAUGAGCCUGCUACCGCCAACGAGCGUGUACAGUCUCAUGGCUACAGAUAUUUGCCCGUCAGCAGAGACACCUAUGGCUAUUCUCCACGUGCCAUCUACGAUCAUCAUUACAGCAGAACAAUUCCAGCUAACUACGAUGCAGAGAAGGCCUGGAAUGAUCAUUUGAAGCGUAUGCAAGAAAUUGAACGCAGCUCAUUUCCAAAUAUUAAUUAUAUUAUUAUUUUUAUUACAGCUCGUCACUCUCCCACCCCAGCUCCUUCACGCUACAGACGUGCCGGCAGUGAACCCUAUGUUCCACCACCAGCCUACUGGAACCGUGGCUCAAGUGUAGCUCCUCGUGCUCCAUCUGUAUUCGAUCGUGCACCAUCCGUAUUCGAUCGUGCCACUAGCUUGGCUCCUUUCACCCGUCCCUUGUUCCGUGCCAGUUCAUUGGAACCCUUGGAUGAACUUUUUGCCAGUAAGUUAGAUAAAGAUAAUGUUUUCCAGCGUGCUGGCUCACCAAGUCCCACUCCCGUUAAGGCUGGUCGCUGGGGACCUCGCCCCACUGAAGUUGCCUAUGAUGCUGAUGGACUACCCAUCUUCCAUCCCAGAAACCGCUUCAGGGAUAUGUUGGAACCCAAUCCCAGCGCUCCCAUCUCAGCCUUCACUCGUGAUCCCUUCUGGUGGGAUAUGGAUGAUUUAGCUCCCAUUCGUGCUGUUUCACCAUUCCGUGCCACAUCGGUGCCACGUGGCGGUUCCGUUGCCAGGGAUUCGUUCUUGUCGCCCAUUAAGAAUCGUUAUUUGUGGACAAAACACCCCGUCAGACCUUUGACUCCUGAAGAAGAGGCAAUUUUUGAAUAAAUUUCAAAGUAAAAAAAAACUCUUGAGCUGUAAAAGAAAAAAAACCUAAAAAAUAAACAAAUUAAAAAAGAAAUAAAAACAAACAAAUCAACUCAUCUACGAUUAAAAAAUAAUAAAAACGAUUUUAUUGACAACUAACACAAAAAGCACUAAAAUGCACAAAAUAAACGAAAAAAGAAAAUAAAUUGCCCAUCGCGCUAUGUAAAUUGUAAAUUGUGAUGCUAAGUUUUAAUUUAGAAAAAAAAUACUAAAACCAGCAAAACGAAUGAAUUAAAGGCCUCAAUGAAAAAAAAACGAUUCUUACAAAU